AACCUCAUUUAUUUAGUCGAAGCAGCAUAUCACACCUCCAUAUUCGCACAACCUGACAUUUAGAACAUCAUGUCGACUAUCGGUUCGAGAUGCAGCGACUUACUGAAGCAAGGCCUCGAGUCAAUCAGAAGCCUUUUCGCAGAAGACGAUGCUCUUCCGUUCGCACAACACGACGCUCAUUCGCGAACGCUUCCGCAAGUUGAAACAUCAAGCCCCGUAGAGACACAGCCAUCACCACAAUCGGCGCAUGAAGAAACCCCUCCAGAAUCGAUUCCGAAGCCUCCGGUGCCGCACAACGAUAAUUGGAUCUUCGACGUAGAAGAGGAAACUGACUACACAUUCGGACCUGCGCGGAUGAUCGAGGCAUACGAUCGAGGCCAGUCCUGCGCAGCCGUGCUCCUAUCCCUCGAUCUCUCGCGAAAGAUACAAGCCGCCCUGAAUGGUCGACGAUCGCUGCAAGAAUGGAAUUUUCAGAUCGAGUUACAACGGGAGCAUGUCUCAAAUCGUGAUCGCGAACUUAACGCGUGCUUCUUCCAUCAGGACGUGCAACUUGAGAAGCUGGAGAUCGAGGCCCGGAAGAUGGGCGACGAGGUUUCAGUUGAACUGCAACAGAAGCUACAAGAGCUUCAAGAUUCAAUGAACGGUAUUGAAGUGCAGCGAGCUAAUUUGAAGGAGGAAGAAGAGCAAAUAGAUGGGCGUUGGCAGAUGGCCCUCUAUCAACAGCGAAUCCUUCGUGAAGAGGUAGACUUCAUCCUCGAAGACGUUUUUGUCAAUUGUCGACUACUACAAGGGCUCCAGGAUCCUUCGUUUGAGCAGCAAACUGCUUUUCGGCCAGUUGCACGACAACCGUACGUCCUAGAAGACGAUGAUAGCGAUUACUUGGCUCCAGAGGAAUUUCGCUAUCUAGAGAAUAAUGGAGAGAAUACUGGACAGGCCGAACACGAUGCAAAUGCCAACCUAGAGCAUAGCAUGGCCAGCGUGGCUAGCGUGGACAGCGUGGACAGCGUGGACAGCGUGGACAGCGUGGACAGCGUGGACAGCAAGCGGAUUGACAAAUGGCUUGAUAAUGCUGAAGGUGAGGGCAUGAGUCCGCCAUCAGAGCUCGAGAUGGACCAUUGGUCGGUUGAUCCCCAAAAGCCCUGGGCUUGACCAAAGCGGCGUUUCCUCUCUCUUUAAGAUCUUUCUUCACAAAUCCUCGACGAGAUCUUUGCACUGAAGCGUGCAAGCUAACGUCCCUCCCUAGGUCGCGGAAA